GUCAGGAUUCACAGGCGGCAAGGGUGGCGAAUCAGGCUGACAGCAAGAGCACGUCCAGAAACGCACAUGACUUGAAGUGUCACGCGUGCGAGGUUAACUGAGGGACCGGGCAGAGCUCGGAAUCGCGAGUGAUGACAGUGCAUUGCGGCCCCAUUGCAUGAAGUUAUUGCCCACAGGGCCUGGAGGACGCGACGGUAUGGUAAUGGAUAUAUGAUUAUGAUUUGGAAGCAGAUUGGGUGGGAUUCGCUCUCGGCUGGCGUCGUGUCGCCUUGUUCAUUUUCUCUAAGCGCGAUUGUAGCUAGCUCGAGCGGCUGCCCACUCCUGGCCUCAAAUGCAGCUUGGCUCAUUUGUGGAUGGAUCGGUCGAUGGAGUAGAUUGGUUUGUGUGGAGAGAGAGAGAGAGAGAGGAGAGGAGUCAUGGUCGCAACACAGGUCUCUGCCUUUUGCUAAGUUGAACUUACUAAGCAAGCGUCACCACUUCCACUUCAGCAUCAUUCAUCGUGAGACCCAGCAGGAAUCGGGCAACUACUGAGCUUCAGCGGCUGAUAACAUCGAUCGAUCGAUCGAGAGAGAGAGGGUCGUACUCAGUUAUACUGCGGCACAUGCAACGGAGUGGACUAGAUGAAUGAACAAAGGGAGGAAUCUGAUCUGUGACGAGAGGCGGACAGAGGAAGGGCUUCGGUAGCUGGCAGGAGUGGCAAAUUGAAGGACCAUGUUGAGGAACAACACGCGGAUUAUCGCAUUCAAUCCGCGAUUUAGCAAGCUAGUGACAAAGGAGUAUGUUAAGAAGCUUGCCGGAACCAAAAAGAACUCGUCGAGCUCCAGCCCGAAUUCGAAUGAACAGCGAGCCAAGAAUGACAAUGGGCGCCCUGCCACUCCCAUGGUCCAGCAACUGGAAGAUGAUUUCACGCAGCGUUUGGGUAAACACCGCAACGCAAGGGUAGGUGAAGUGGACACCGGCUGCAGUAGCACUUCUUCCAAAUCCUCCUCCGAUUCCGGCACCUUCAAGCCUGGCCACCAUCCCACGCAGUUCGAGUACCGGAGAGCUCUGCGCAAGCGGAGCCAGUCGCUUCGAGAGCACCGCUCGCGGCAGUUGCUCAGCGUCUUACACGAGGAAGAGAUCAUCGAUCCUCCGCCUCCGUCGCCCUCAAUUCUCGAUACUCCGCGGCGCUCGUCCGUCGAUGGCCUAAAUGAGAACAUGCUCAUGCGCACUCGCAACGCAAAAGCCACCAGUACCUCGUUCGGCCGAUUUCACCAUCGCAGCGGCUCCAACGGUGGCUGCACCAAUGGAGCUGCCAGUGGCACGAGCGGUCACAAGCGGCAGCACUGGAAGCCGAGGCCCAAAGGGUUGCGAUCGCGCGUGGUGGCCACUCUGGUGGUGUUGAAGGACCAUUACCAACAUCUUCUGAGCUCGCUCAACGGCGAAGAAGUGCGCCGAGAGUACUCGAAUCUCGACGGCAUGGUCAUCAAUCCCAAAUACGAUUUGCAGUUCGCCGACGAUCUGCACUUGCAUCCUCGGCACGACGAUGAUUUUGAGCACGACAGCGCCGUCUCGGAUUACCGCAGUGUUAAGGUCCGGUUCAAAAGAUCUCUCAGCUGUAAAGUAUGAUAAGAGUAGACGAUCGUAGGAAGAAAGAUUCAGACCGCACUGGUAGGUGGCUUCAUCCUUGCCUCGCCCUCGCCGAUGAUUGCAGCUCUCGUGAAUUCUCUGACACCUGCUCUACACAAAGACACACACUCAACACUCUGCCGAUAGCAAUUUUUUGCCAGGAGCAGCGUCAUCAUAAGUUCGCAUUUCUCGCCUCGCCUUAUUAAUUGUACAAAGUCAGCGUGCCAUUUUGCUACGCAAUCACCACAUUCUUCUCAUGACGUUACUGUCUCCCUUUACAUAUGUAAUAACCUCCAUUUUUAAGACCGCAUACCUGAAUAUCAUUCGAUUGAAAGUAUCUAGCGUCUGACCUUGGUAUGAUGUCACGCUGCGUUCCUCUCCGUGGCUUGCCGUUCUCUCUUGAUAGGGUUGGUCCUGAUUUCCCAGUUAACAGUAAGGAUAUCCGAAGGAGUUAAAGACUUCAAAUGUACAAUCUACAUACUUACCGCUUGUGUGGGAGAGGGAAUUUUUAUACAGUGGUCGAUUCGACGGAGAUGCUUUCUUGCCAGCGGUUGUGUUGGGAACUUCGACUGGUAGGCGAGGAGUGAAAUUGGCUAGGAAUCAUUGCGAAUUCCUGUCAGAACACACAGAAAAUUUGAUGCCAACUAAAGCAACCGAAGGUACUCCACUGAUAUCGACGACUGUGAAGUAAAGCUUGAGACUCUGGUACGCGAGAUUCAUUCACGCGAGAUCAUGAUUUUGUAGAUCGGGAAAGCAUUCGAGCUUGUGGGCGUACAAGCAGCUUGAGGACAUGGAUGAAGAACAAUACAGUGGGAAGAUGGGACAAUUUACUCUGGGUAGUCACGGCGAUGGUUGGAUAAUUGGAAUGGCUAACAACGGUAGAAGUGCCCACGGGACGCUCUCGCGAGAAAACAACACAGCCACGAGGACCUCACAGCUCCGUUGCAAAUUUAGAGUAACCUCUUGCCGUCGUCCAUGGAUGAAGCCCUGUGUGAUUCGGCAUGGCCUUCACUGCCGAUACGUGGACGGUGGACGUGGCGGACGAGAUCUAAGUGACUUCCAUUGGGAUCCUCGCCAGAUGCACCAACCUGAUCGAAAUGGCAGCCAGCCUCAAGCUCGCACCGAACGGACCGACGCACUGGGAGAGUUAGUGCAGCGUACGGCAGUGUGAUAUUGUAAUGACAUAAGCGUACUGCACUAACUGGAAGAGGGAUAAUCGUGCGCGAGUAAACUCUACUUGGUGUCAGAGUUCCCCAGAAGAUAUUCGGAAGCACUCAUCCCAGAAGAGCUGCAUCGAACUUACACAGUCCAUGAGGGAGUAAUUUUGAGUAGAAUACGUCGUGAUCUCCAGUGCAGUAGUCAGCUUUGCCUCACUGCGUUGAAUCUCGAGAUGAGGCGGCCUGGCAGGCAACGCAAUCCAUUCCAAUUGCAAUCUAUUCACAACGCUGAGAUAGUAGCUUGGAGUCUCUCACAGUCAUCGCACAUUUCGGUCUGCAUUGGAGCACAUGCAUUUCUCUAGCACUGAGAAGCAGCAGUCAAGCUCAGAGUCCAGAGUCCAGACCUUGUGCAUCAGCGAGAAUGUCAAUGAGCUCGAGUCGGCAAUACAAACUUCUACAGCGCCCCCGGUCUCUCUCUGAGUUUGGCCCAUUCAAGAACCGUGGAUUCUAGUGCAACGUGCCGUACGUUGCAUCGCAUUCUCGCAUUGUCACAUCGCAUCGCGUCGUCAGUACUACUUAUAUCGACGACCCAUUUGCCCGCCAACGUGCAAAAUGUACAUUCGGCCGUAUAUCGACUGUGGUUCUGACAUAUGCUGGACGGAAGACAUAAGUGACCGAAAAAAUCCCGACUGCUGACCACGGUGACUGCCUGCAGCGGGGACUCUGGGGAACGAGCCAGGAAGCCCCGCGGUUCCAGGUCCUUUUGUCACCGGAAACCGGCUAUUUGUUGCUGCACAACAUUGGAACUGCAGUUGAGCUACGCUAGCGCACGAAGUUCUUCAAAUUUUUAGGCAGUAGCGACUCCGGCUCGCUUAGACUGAUGGAAUGUAGGCGACUACAUGUUGCGUUCGAAAUGCUUCCUUUGCACGAACCUUGAGGAUCGGGGCUGGAAGUAGAUGUGGGACGUUUGGGAAUGAAAUCAGAGAUGGCAGCGGUAAGCGAGAAUUGUAUCAUGGAGCAGCGAUUGAAUCCUCUAACCGGGCAAUCCGAGUGGAUUGUCGUCAAAUUGCAGUCGGAGUCGGAGGUGGACAAGUAUGACGAUUUCGGGGCCUUGAACGAACGAGGAGGAUCUCUAGGGCACACACUAUACUUGGACAUGUUGAACGAUGUGGAACGUAACAGUGCCUAUGAUCAGGCGAUCAGAAAGGUCGUUGCGGAAGGUGCUCAUCAUGUGCUGGAUAUUGGAGCUGGAACAGGGCUUCUGUCUAUGAUGGCUUCGCGUGCGAUGAGGGAUGCAGUUCAGUCUCGCCAGCUUGAAAAUGAAGGGGACGCGGUUAUUGCAUCGAGGGUGGUAUCUGGGAAAGUCACGGCUUGCGAGUCUUACCUUCCCAUGGUUCGUCUGGCACGGAAGUUACUCAGAGCUAAUAACAUUGGUGCAUCUGUUCGUCUUGUUCACAAGCGUUCGGAUGAGAUGGAGAUUGGAGUCGACUUGAGCUCACCUGCAGACGUCCUGGUUUCUGAGAUACUGGACUCAGAGCUCAUAGGGGAGGGUUUGAUUCCAACUUUGCGGCAUGCCCAUGCCCAUCUUCUGUCUCCUGUUGCCCGAAGUGUCCCCCACAGAGCCGUAUUGUAUGCACAGCUUGUCGAAUGUGAUUACCUGCGGAGAAGAUGUGAUCUGUCAGGUUGUGAGGCAGAAGUGGACGACGGACUGCGGCUAGACGUUUCGAAAUCCCGAGAAUGGUAUUCAGGAUUCUCGAGGGCGAUGCACGUUGACCCACUUGUGAGCCACCUGAAAGUGUUAUCAGAACCUUUUGAGGUCUUCCAAUUCAAUUUCUGCGAGGUACCAGCUAAUCACAGAGAGCAUGCGCUAAAUGUGCCAAUAACAAACUCAGGCAAUGUACAUGCACUCAUAUCAUGGUGGAAGCUUGACCUCGACGACGAGGGCACUAUAACGUACUCUACAGCACCAGCUUGGACACGCGAAGGGGCUCAUUGUCAUAGAUGGAGAGAUCACUGGAGACAAUGUGUUUGGUACUUUCCUGGAGACUAUGUGAAAGUUUUUGUCGGACAGUCGCAAACAAUUGAAGCCAUACAUGAUGAGAUCAGUGUUACGUACAAAUUACGAUCGUUUGGGGAGAGGGAAGGACCAGGAGGAGUUGAUGAAAGUAUCUCACAUGGGUUGGUCUUGAGACCUGAAAGAAUUGGUUUACUAGGUAGCGAGAAGUAUCGCAGAGUUCUCAAAGAAGCUGUCGUGGAAGCUGUUCGACAGAAAUCUUCACCAUUGUGCCUCAUAGUUGACGAUAGUGUACUAUGCACACUCUUAGCGGGUGCGGCGAAUGCAGACGCUCAUGUGAUCACCAUGUUGCCUGGAUGUCAACUUGAUGGCGCCUCUUACAUCCGAGCUGCUGCACUUGCAAAUGGACUAAAACCUGAUCAAAUCAAGGUUUUUGGGAGAAAGGCUGCUUCUCUUACAUCCGAGCAGCUGAAUGGCAGGAAGGUUGAUGUCCUAAUCGCAGAACCAUAUUACAGAGCUUAUGAGGAUUUACUGCCAUGGCGACAUCUUCGCUUCUGGUAUGAACGGACGUCUCUUGCGCCCCUGUUGGCUGAAAAUGCUGUGAUAAGUCCUUGUAAAGGUGUCUUACGUGGUGUGUUUCUCCAUCUUCCGGACUUAUGGCAGAGUAGGAGAAGCCUGUCCAGUGUGGAGGGCUUUGACCACUCAUCAGUGAAUCAAGUUUUGGGUGCGUGUGGAGACAUGCCGCCCUCGUGGGAGGGACCUCUAGUACCAUAUUCUAUUUGGCAGUGUGGCCGGUCUAAGGAGCUAACUGAGAAGUUUGAUAUCAUGGAAUUCAACUUCACACUCACGCUGCAAGCAGUUCAAGGCUCUGUUAAGGUACCGGUCUUAAAUUCAGGUCUUUGCCACGGUGUUGCGCUUUGGAUCGACUGGGUGAUGGACACACAACACCAACAUUUGAUUUCAACAGCACCUUCAGAUCGCGAACCAAACGACUGGAAGCAGGGAAUCAAACUUCUCAAUGUCCCGGUGAAACUUCUGUCCAAAGAAGAAUCAAGUUUGACUAUCUCAGCUGCUUUUAACCCCCUAACAGGAGACAUCGCUGUUGACGUGGACACACAAACCUCAUGAAGACGACAUCGCUGGAGUAUGAGACAUCCUUGGACCGAAGUGCAAAGUUGCUGCAUAUUUCAGUAACAGAAGACUCGCACUUCUGUUAUCCAAGAAAGACUCAGAAGAGUACUGCAGGAGGGACGCUGACAUCGAAACCUUGCGGAACACGUGAUUACCACAACUAACGCGGACCUGCUUACCACGACUAAAAGCACUUCAAUUGUAAUUCAUUACUGUAGAGUGAUUCUGGUGACCUCUGGCAGUGUUCGAGUCAUCUGAGGAAGUUCUGGUGGAGGCCUCCUGCAAUGCCCAAUAUGGAACGUCCAGAAUAUCAUAAGGCUGAUUGGAGAACCUUUCUGAGGUAGUUCUGAUACCUACUUAAGGCAGAUAUAGAUUAAACCUAAUGUCUUAACCUGGAACCGAUUACUGAAUUGAUGGUUUACGCACAUGCGUUGAUAUCUACGUGCUGAAACUUGUGCGAAUGAACUAUAAGCAUGAGAUUCAGGGACUAGGAAUAUGUCUCCGAACAUAGGUCAGUGCGAACCACCUGUUCAAAUUGUCAUAUCGGAGAUUCGGAAUAUUACCUUUUCAUUCUUGUUGAUCC